ACUGUGCAGUCAAAAUCACCAAAAUCAGCCGCUGAAGCAGAACUGUCAAACCUCGCAUUCGGCAACAACAUCUCAGCAUAGUUACGUAAAAUUGCCUUUUUCCAUUAUUUCAGGCAAGGAUGAGUCUGAUAAAGGCGAACUACUACGACAGCCCGGAGGGCUCGAACUUGUUCGAGAAGAUGGUGGCCACCAACAAGUACGCCCUGGCUGCCGGUCUCGGUUGGUCCUCGAUCGAAGUGCUGAUGAUUUCCAAGCCAAAGGGAGUCGUUCCGUCGCUUGCCCGAUACGUUUACUUUACCGGUCCGUUCAUGGGAAUGGCUUCGGCGUUCACUGUCGGAACCUACGCGGCCACCAAGCUGCGAGGAAAGGACGACACCUGGAACUACAUCGUCGGUGCCGUUGCCUCGGGCGGAGUGUACGGUGCCUGGAAGCGUAGCGUCGUGGCCGGUUUGGUGUCUGGAUUGUUCUUCAGCAUGGCCGGUCUCGUCAAGAAGCAUUCGAUCGACAACAAGUGGGAAUUCUUCCCGGACACGAAUCGUCACGCUAUCGGAGCCCUCAACCCGAACCGGUACGAUUUCACUCUGACGCAGGAACGCGAACGGGGCUGGACUACCGGUAAGUAAGGUGGGGUGGUUUUGCUCUGAAUCGGAUCACGUGUUAAUGCAAGAAGGCUAGAAAUAUACGAUUGUACAAAGGUAUCGAA